AUGUCUCUGAGCAACCAUCCAAAAGCCUAUGGCUCAGCCGCCUUGGCGCUCGCCUUCGCGGCUGGCAUCCUCGUCACACUGGGCUUCAAAGACUUCUAUCCCGACCUCGAGCGCCGCUACCAGCGCCGCCGCACCCGCCGGGCUCCCACCAGCGGUUCAUCAUCCACGGAUCCCUCCCGGCGCAGCAGUGUUUUCUGGGGACCGCCCGUGCAGCUCGAAGACCAUGAGACGGCCUCCGAAGCCGAGGAGGCGGCGGCCGCCUUCGCGAGAGGCGCCUCGUGGAAUCCACCUUUAAUCGCAGACGGCGUCGCCGGCGCCAUCGGCAAUACCCCGCUCAUCAAGAUCCGCUCCCUUAGCGAGGCGACAGGUCGAGUCAUCCUCGCCAAGGCCGAGUUCCUUAAUGCCGCGGGCAACACGCCAAAGGACCGCGUCGCGUUGUCGAUGAUCGAAGCCGCCGAGGCUGCGGGCCAGCUCGUCCCCGGGCGUGGAGACACUAUCUACGAGGGCACCGUCGGCAGCACAGGCAUUUCGCUGGCGACGCUGGCGCGCGCAAGGGGCUAUCGCGCGCACAUCUGCAUGCCCAACGAUAUGGCCAUGGAGAAGGUUGAUCUGCUCCGCCACCUAGGUGCGACCGUCGAGCGCGUAGACCCCGCACCGAUCGCAUCGCCGGAGCACUUUGUUAACCUCGCGAGGCGGCGCGCUGUUGAACACGCCGCUAACGCCGGUGACGGCAGUGUCGGCUAUUUUGCGGAUCAGUUCGAGAACCCGGCUAACUUCGCGGCGCACCUACACACAACGGGCCCGGAGAUUGUGUACCAGACCGGGGGCAGGUUGGACGCCUUCGUGGCCGGCGCCGGAACGGGCGGUACUAUUGCCGGCGUGGCCAAGUACCUCAAGGAAGAGGCCAACGUGCCGGGUCUGCAGGUCAUUUUGGCGGACCCUCAGGGCAGCGGAUUGUAUAACAAGAUCCGGCACGGCGUUAUGUAUUCCAGCACGGAGAAGGAAGGAACUCGGCGGCGGCAGCAGGUUGAUACGAUCGUGGAGGGAAUCGGCAUCAACCGGGUGACGGAGAACUUUGAAGCCGGCAGGGAGCUGAUCGACGACGCGAUCAAGGUUACGGACGAGCAGGCGUGCCGCAUGGCGAGAUGGCUGGUGGAGAACGAUGGCAUCUUUGCGGGUAGCAGCACUGCCGUCAACUGUGUCGCGGCCGUCGUUGCGGCCACGAGACUGCCUAAGGGCAGCCAAGUCGUUACGAUUCUCUGCGACUCGGGCACGAGACACCUGAGCAAGUUCUGGAAACAUGUGGCGGCAAUGGGUUUGGAAGACGAAGAGCACUCGGCCGACCUUUUCUCCGUGUUGAAGAUUGGCCCGGCGAAGCAGUGA